AUGUCUGAUAUAAUACGGUACGAUUAUAAUAAUCAUUGGGAAGAAAAAGAAAUUACUCUUGAAAGAACAAACAGUAGCCAUGGAUCAUUGGGAUUUACUAUUGCAGGAGGGAUUGAUUUACCUUUUAUAAAUCAUCGUUUUAACUUUAUUAUUAUUACGAAGAUUGCUGAAAAUGGUCUUGCAUAUAGAGAUAAACAAUUAAAAUUAUAUGAUAUAAUAUUACGUGUGAAUAAUAUCGAUUUUACAAAUAUAAAACAUCAAACAGCUGUUGAUAUUUUGAGAGCAUCGGGAAAGAAAGUGCAAUUGUUGAUUCGACGUCUCGCACCUUUGUAUAGUGAAGAGAUUGAAUUGAAGCAUAGUGGAAAAUUAGGUAUUUAUAUUAAAGGUGGAAUUGGAGAUGACUAUUUUGUGAACCGAGAUAUCAAUCGUUCAACAGGAUUUCUGCCAAAAGAGCGUUCACAAGCAAAUCCUAUUGGAUCAGUAAUAACACAACCGGAAAUUAAUCGUCAAGAAAUUCAAAAGAGUCAAAAUCUUAAACAACACAUUGAUAGUACUGACCCAAAUGCUGCUAUCGAACAGGAAACUACACAGGAAUUAAAACUUAGAGAAGCAGCGAUUCGUGAUGCUCGUGAGGAAAGGAUACGACGUGAAAUAGGUAAAAUGAGUCAAAACGCACGUAAAAAUAAGGAUGGAACAAGUGGAGGAUUACGAUGGCACAUUGAUUAA